GUGAGCGCAAGACCGAGAAACAGUUCAAGGGGACCGAACUCUCUCACUCGUCUUUCCCACACAGACAACUUUUUUUUGUGUGUGUAUACAAACGAUCCCAGAUUUUUUUUUUUAUUGCAAACGUUUGUUGUGGGGUGCGUGAAAAUUGAGUCACGUGAUUUCCUCUGAUCGUUUCUUGUAUGACUUCAAAACAGAUUGAGCAGUGAAGAGACAGUUCGAAGGACACAGGGGUGGAUUCUUGUUUUGGUUGAUUUAAUUAUUCUAACAGUUACUGGAGGAACACAUAGGACAACAAUGGGGAGGUCACGUGUAAAAUGUGGCCUGGUUUCUCACUUCUGUUUAAUGCUGAUUGGAUUUAACUUUGUUCAGGCCGCUAUAGCAGAGAAUGAUAUCAAUGUCACUUGUCAAGUAGGUUGGACCAAACUCCACAGAGGAUGUUAUAAAUUUGUGGAAGAAGAAGCAACAUGGACUGAUGCUGUAGAGAAAUGUCAAUCAGACAAUGCUGAACUUUCUGUUCUAUUAAGUCAAACUGAGAAGGAUGAUGUACAACAGUAUUUGAUCUCGAACGAUGAAAUAAAUGACAAGAAGUGGUGGGUGGGGCUGACCAGAGAAGAAAAUACUGGAUCAAACUGGAUAUGGACUGAGAAGGGCCGUACACAAAUUGAUACGAAAAUAACUCCUUGGUUCCAAAACAGUCAAAGCACUAAGAAAGGGGAACUCUCUGCAACUAUCGAACUCAACUCUGGCAGAUUAGUUUUAAGAUCUGACUUCCGUGAUGACCAAGAGGUUAUAUACCCAUUCAUUUGUGAAUUUCACAAAGUUACACCUCGACCGCCUGGAAACGGAACCACGGAGAGUGAUGACACCAAUACAACAACGCCAUUCAAAGAGAGUGACUCCACGGAUAGUACGCAGAAAGUUUCAAGCUACAGUUCUGGUUCUAAAAGCUCCACUCCUACAGGCAGUGCACGAGGGAAGUUGUCUGCGAAGACAAGCCAAGCACACAACUCCACUUCCACUUCUGGAACUACAACUACCACCAGCUCAACCACAGCAGAGGCUACAACUACCACCAGCACCACCGCGGCAGAGACUACAGCUGCAACACUGCAAACCCUAAACCUCACAACACAUAUCAAUGAUUCUAAAUCGCCAACUAGGAGCUCAUCCACUACCACAUCAACAUCUACUGCUACCACAUCAACAUCUACUGCUACCACAUCAACAUCUACUGCUACCACAUCAACAUCUACUUCUACCACAUCAACAUCUACUUCUACCACGUCUGUAUUCACAACAACAUCCACCACAUCUACCACUAGCACAACAACAACGCGAAGACCACCGACCCCCCCUACCUCACCUCCUGCUGACGUGAGGCCUCCAUCACCUACCACUGAAAACUGGGAAGAAGCCGCCAAGAUGUACGAGAGAUGCUACAUACCAGGCACUGGUGGGAGCCAGAUGGAGCGGGUCGCGUCUGCCAGAGAGUUCUACAAAGCUGGCAGUCAGACGUGUCCACAAACACGAGCGAGUUCAUAUGCCUGGGAAGAAACAAGAGAAGGCAAAACAGCUCAAACUUAUUGCUCAAGUGGUGAAGGGUUUGCUACGUGGCCCUGUAUAAAUAAUGGCAAAGGUGUAACAUGUUGGAGUGAGGCUUCGGAUGUCCAAGAUUGCGCCUCAAAAAUAUUUAAGGCAAUCAUUCAGAAUGUGCCAGAAAAUAACUCCGUAGACGUGCAACAGACCAUCGCCGUGAGUGCAGAGCUGGUGACUGUGACCCAGUCCGAGAACAUUACCUUCGAGGAUAUCCUCGUGACGUCACAGAUCAUGUCUGCCUACGCCAUGAAGGUGGACAACAUCCAGAAUGCCUCAGAGGUCAAAACUAUUGUGGAUAACUUUGCAAAAGUGGGAAGCACUCUUGUUUCUAAAAAGAAGGCAAAAGUCUGGAAAAAGAUGUCGCCUGAUGACAAGGUGAGAUCGGCCUCCACCUUACUGGUUGCCAUGGAGAACGCCACGCUAUCAUUGGUGGAAGAGAUCAAAGAGCCAAAAGUAAUCACUACAAAGACAGACAAUAUAGAUCUUAGACUGGAAGUUGUGGACGUUACAAAAAUGGAGCAACAAGAAUUGGUCUAUGAGUCUAAUUCAGACUUUGCUACAGUGUCAAUACCCAAAGAGACUUUGGUCAAUCAAAGCGAAGGCUCGUUGGCCAAAGCUGUCUUCAUUACCCACUACUCUAUGUCCAGUUUACUGGGUGGCAUGUCCAAGAAAAAAACGAAAGAGAAGAACUUAUCAGAUGAUGAUGAGACAGACGAGAAGAGCAAGGAAGAGUCAAACAAUGAGGAGACUGAUAAUACAAAUGGUGAAAAUGAAGUUGAAGAAAUUCAAUCCAGGCCUCGAAUAGCCAGUUAUAUCCUCAGUGCGUCCUUAGGGAAAGAUGGACACAUCAGGAAGUUACCUAAACCAAUUACCUUCACCAUGAGACUAACUGAGGCAAAGAAACAUGAUCAGAUUACUCUGUGCUCAUUCUGGAACGUAAGCCAAGGAGAGGCUGGGGGCUUCUGGUCGCAGGAAGGCUGCCUAAGAGUGGAGUCACUAAGCAACAUGAGUCACACAACGUGCCAGUGUGAUCACAUGACCAGCUUCGCCAUCCUGCUGGACGUGCACGGCCUGAAGGUCAAUGAAGUCCAUGAAUCUUUGUUGAAUCUAGUGACCAUCAUCGGAUGUGUGAUUUCUUGCACAGCGUUACUGGCUAGUUGGGUCACUUUCCAGUGUUUCAGUUCACUACAAGGGGAGAGAAACUCUAUCCACAAGAACCUUGUCGUCUGCCUGCUGAUUGCGGAGAUAAUUUUCGUGGCUGGAAUCGACCAGAACGAUCAAAAGGUCCUAUGUUCUGUGAUAGCUGGCUUCCUUCAUUUCUUCUUUCUGGCUGCCUUCAUGUGGAUGUUUCUGGAAGGACUUCACAUUAUCUUCAUGUUGGUUCAAGUCUUUGAUGCCAGCCGGUCACGACUUCCCUAUUACUAUUUUGCUGGCUAUGGUGUUCCCUUGAUUGUGGUCAGUGCAUCGUGUUUGUUCUACUAUGAGGGAUACGGGACAGAAAAUUUCUGCUGGUUAAAACAAGAUCGAUACUUUAUUUGGGCAUUUGCUGGACCAGUAGCCAUUAUACUUCUGGUCAAUGCUUUGUUCCUGGCUUACGCAAUGAGUACAGUGUGUCGACAUUCAGAGUAUGUCUUCAGUUCAAAAGACAAAACAACUGGCAGUGGAAUCAGAGCCUGGAUUCAGGGAGCCUUGGCAUUGGAGAUACUUCUGGGUUUGACUUGGACUUUAGGCUACUUUUCCAUCAGUGAUGCUAGCAUCCCAAUGGCUUAUAUAUUCUGUAUUGCCAACUCUCUGCAGGGACUCUUCAUCUUCAUCUUCCACUGUGUUCUCAAUAAGAAGGCCCAGAAAGAGUAUCGCAGUGUUGUUCACUCUGUCGUCUCUCGAUCAUCCAGUAGCGUUGGAACUCACUCCACUUUGACCAAGCGCAGCAACCAACAUAGCCAUGAAAUGAACCAAAGCCACCACCAGCGUCUGACCAGUACCAACAGCCACUCAUUGGCCUAAGAGACCAACAUACCAAGUGCCUCCUAAAAGCCUAGAUUACUGACUGCCACUGAUUGGAUCAAGGCACUGCUAUCAACAUGUACCAUUUGGCCUAAGUAACAUGACCACAAGACAUCAAAUAAAAAAUUAUAAAUUAAUGUUUGACCAAUCAAGCCAUAUUCUAAUCUAUUAGUAUUUGGCUUUCAUUUAAAUCACAUCAACUGUUAUGCUUUUCAUAAUUUAAAUGAUGUAUUGCAUGCAUUGCAAGUGGAUUUUUGUAGUUUAGGAAACAAAAAUACAGUUUAUUAUAACCAGGGGCAGACUGGUGGCAAAAUUGGGCCUGGGAAUAGGAUGAGCAUCAAUUCAUACCUGUCCACCUUUGUCAAAUUUGAUAAUGCAUCAAAACUGAUCAAUGGCCUAAAUGUUUAUUAAUAACCCUCAGCUAUGCAUCAUGGGGUAUCAUACACUACACUUGAUAAAGUAUUGUAUUAUAGGAAGACACUUCCAUCAUGUGUAAAGCUAGAAUUACACCUAAAAAUCUGUAAAAAAAAAAAUUCUUUAAUAAAAGAUCAAUCAUGACAGUCUAUGGGACCAUCUUAAAAGAAGCUAUAAUAUUUUAAGGGCUCUACUAUGGUUUAAAACAAACACUGGUUUACGGCCCCAUACAUUUGCCUAAAUGCCCAAAUAUCCAGCCUGCCCCUGAUUUUAACUAGGGUUUACGUUAUAACUAUUUUUCUAAAACAACAUUUGUAAAUUGUUGCACAAGUUAAAUUCUGAAUACUUUUUGUUUUUGAUAAUAAAAUUUUGUAUUUGAUGAUUUUAGGUUGACAGAAAACAGAUCGUUAACAUUUUUUAUGGGCACAUUUUCUUAUUUUUCAACCUAGAAUUUUUUUCAAAGAUGAUUUUGAGUAUUUGAGUAAUCAAAUAAAAAAGUAAACCUUAACCCAUUAGCUCCUUCUGCAGUUGGAAACGUUUUCCCGUUUUUGUCCUAAACCGUUGUAAAAUGUUUCUAAAACCCCCUAUUCAAUAUACUUGAUUUAAACUUUUUAAAUAGAAGAUUUCUUCUAGUCUCGUUGUAAGCGUGAAUACAAAGCAUUUUGGAGAUUACCGAUUCUGUUUUUAUUACAAUCGGUAAGGUUUUUAUUUUUUAAAUAAUUUUUCAAACGAACAGGCCCAUAGCCCCAGUGUAUAAGCUCCUCGUGGGAAAAUGAGUAUUUUUGAAGUAAUGAGUAUUUUUGAAGUUUUUUAUAUUCUAGUGGUAUUAAACGUAUAUAUUUUUUAAAACUAGACAUAUAGUUCUAUUUUUUAAAGCUGUUUGUUUGUUUAUAUGUAUUAGAUCUUCAAUUUGAUUAUUUUUUCAAAAUACAUAUUUUUUAGGAUUUUUUAAAUACGGAGUUAUCCCUCCUUGCUUAGGACUUUCAAAGGGGUUUUUUGAACCGGAAAUAGGAGCUAUUGGGUUAACAUUCAUGAAGUUUUCCUCAUACUGUGCUAAUUGCUCUUUAUGUUUUACUUAUAAGUAUAGGCUUAUAUGUGCUGUAGAUGAGACUUAAUUAUUUCAAUUAUAGAAAAAUUAAUGGAUGAAUAAUUGGAACUUUAAAAAUAGAUGGCGAUUUUAUUGCUUUGUUAAUUGUUUUUCCUUUGAUUUUCUAUUGGACAUUAUAUAAUACUCAUCAUGGGAAUUAUGUGUGUGUGUGAGAGUGUGUUCAUUUUUAUAUCCAUUUUGGUGUGAAUUGCUGCCCUUUAUUUAUGUAUAUUACUUUUGAAUGGUGUUAGGGUUUUUUUUCCCUCACCAUUUCAUUCCCACCACCUCUGCUUAAAGCAUUCUUUGGAUUGAUUCUAUGGAUUGAUUGUAGCUUACAAAGUCAAUCUUAUCAACUUUGUUUCUGUUGAUACCACUGAGAUAUUAAUGAAACUCAGUUGUUUUUUAUAUUCUUUUUUUUUUCCAACACAGUCAGUUACUUAAAGCACAAAGUUUAGCAAGAGAAAUAGAAUACAUAUACAUUUGUUUAGAAAAUAUUGUUUACUUCUCUGUUAUUAGAAAGUUUAGGAAGAGGAGAAAAAACUCAAGAUUGUUUAAUAUUUAGAUCAUCUAUCAUGAUUGGUAAAUGUUUACUAUCCAGUAGAAAGUAAAAAUGUAUUUUUUACCAUUAUAUUUUAAUCCACCUCUUCUAUUUUAUUUUGUCGAAAUUUAAAAUAUAAAUAUACAAUUUCUGUGAUAAUUAAAUGCAUAGUUUACAAAAAUAUUGAAAAAAAAUAAUGGUUCAAAUAGAAAUAGUUAAUCCAUGUGACUUUUUUACCUAAAAUUUAAAUGACUAUAGAAAGUUUUUCUGUACUUAGGAUUUUUAUUUUUCCAAAAUAUUUUAUCAGUUACUUUUUUUUUACUUUAAUACUUGAUUUGAUACAUAUUUAUCUUAUCUUUAUGUAUAUGUGUUUUCUGGAUUCAACGUUGUACAUUUUCUUAAAGAACUUUUCCAAAUUACUUUUUUUUUGUAAAAUAGUUUUACACAAUUUUUUUUAUUUGUAUUUGUUUUAAUGAGUCACAUGAAGUUAAGUGUAAUGCAUUUGUUAGCAUGGAGUAUAAUUGGGAGUCAUUUGAGAUUAAAAGUAAAGAGUUUGUCAAAGAGAAGCUCAGACAUUACUAGGUUUUGGAAUGAAUCAUGAGAGGAGCUUAACAACAGGUCUAUCUCUGGCUGUUUGAUAUUUCUCAUUACUGGGUUUUGAAUGAACCAUAGGGCACAGCAUGGCCUAAAUUUUGCCAAUGUGCCAAAAACUCAAAAUAUCAAAAAUAUCUGAAUAAAUCAUAAGAGGAACACAACAGCAGGUUUAUCUCCAGCUAUUUGACAUUUCUCAUUCUUUAAAUUUACAGAUUUUAUAUCCAUAUUUUGUUUUCCUUCGGCCAGUAUUUAAUUCUGAUAAGAUUAAAUGAUAUUUUCAUGUAACUUAAAGUGAAGAAAGGUAUCUCUCUCUCAUUUAUCUUAUCUUAUCCUGUAAAUUACAGACAUUACACUUCAAAACAGAUGUCAAAUAAAUCAUCAGUUUUCCUGUCUGAUUCAGGCAGCCCAUUCCAUGCUCUAAUAGCUCUAGGGAAGAAGGAGCAUUUAUUUAUGUGUUGAUCUAGUCAUUCUUGUUCAUAAUUGAUUUAAAUUUGUAUUAAAUCUGUCUACCUCAUGGCCAGGUAAGAAUACUAAAAAAAUUAUCAAAAAAGUUAUUUAGUGAGUUACAGACUCUCCUUCUAAAAAAUAAGUUAUUGUUGAAACAGAAAAGAGCACAAAACUAUGUGUGAAAAGAAGUCACAAGAAAUAUGAAUAUUUUCGUAACUGUAAGAAGAAUGUUGAUGAAUGAAAUAGCUAUUUAUGUCAUGCUUUAUAUAUUUUCAUAUGCUUUGAACUUUUGUUUGUAGCAUUGUGCUAUGCUAAAUAGUUAAGCUGCAAUGAAUUAUAGAUUUUUGUAUUCAAAUCUGAACUCCAUAAUAAAUAAAGCAACAGAAUAUAUUCCAAAACUUGAAGUUCAAACAUUUGAAUAAAGUCAACAAUAUUCUUAGAUUCUAUUAAAAUUGAAUAGAAUUUUUUUUAAAUUGACUAGACUAAAAGGAACCUUGAAACUAUCCUUGCUUUUUUUAUAAAGUGAUUUUAUUCUAGUCUUCUCCUGAUCUUUCUGGCAAGUUUCUUGAAUUCACAGGAAGUUCCUGAGCUAAUUUUAGCUUUACUAUAACACAUAAAUAGAUGAUGUCAUAUUAAUUAAAAAUUUCAAUGGCCUUAUUAAAGCAUAGGGUUGACCUUUUUUUUUUGUAAUGAGAGUUCAAGACUAGGCUAAACCUCUUGCUUUUCUUGUGACUGUUUAUUGUCUAAAAAGUAUGUUGUUUUAAUUAUGAUGUAAAUAAAUAACCUCUGGUUAUUUUGUUCUCUUUCUUUGCUCAUACUACUUUUUAUGUUUCCAUGACAAUCUUAUGUGCAGCAACAAUGUAUUGGUGUGUAGCUGGCUUUUAAGGAACAUGGUUAAAUUGUCACUAAUUGUUUAGUUUAGUAAGGUUAAAAAAAAAGUAAGCUAUUCCUCUGUCAGUGGUGUAGCUAGGGUGGGGGAGGAGGGGGGAGAAUGUGAAAUCCCCCCAGACCCCCACUUGAGGGGGGUCUCCAAAUGAGUGUUUUUUACACUAAAAAUUAAAUAUUUCACAAAAUGCAAGUGCCCAAAGAGGUCACACCCACCAGGACCCCAAAUGAUGGAUAAUUUCUAGCUACGCCCCUGUCCUCUGUGUAGUUAAAUAGUAGGCUUCUCAAAGACUGUGUUGUAACUCUUUUUUCUUUUCAACUGAUGUAAACCAGUCUUUUUGUCAUAGCAGCUAAGAUACUUUGGCCAGUAAAGGAUUUAGAGGAUUUGUACUUUUUGUUUUUCUAGUGUUCAGAAAGUGACCUGAUAGGAGAUUCUAAAACUUCAGGGUACUAACAAAGUUGUGUAUAUCUCGUUGCUCUAGCUGUUUAGUUUUUUGUUUUUUUUCAAGUGCCUUUUAAUUUUAUUUGAAUUUGACAAUAAUAAAAAAAAAACAAAUGGAAAAAUGGUUCCAGUGCUGGGACAAAAUCCAAAAAGUCUUUGGACUCUUGAAGCACAUGUGACAAGGUGAAGGCUGCCCAGCCUUGAACACAUUUUUUUUUAAAAUGGGCCCUAUUGUUACAAGUUUUUAUCACGAAUAAAUUCCUCUCUAGUCGAUAUAUUUGUUUUGUAUUCAAAUAAAACUUUUAUGUCAAGAAAUUUUUUUUCCGAAAAAGACUAUUCAUUGUUUUGUUUUUUAAUUUGUAUAUUUUGUACCCUCUUUCUUUCACAUGCAGCAAAUGUUUUGUAAAUAUUUAUAAGAUAAUAUUGAAAGUGGGUUACAUGUUGAACAAAAAUAAAUUUAGGUUAUUUUAUCUUUCCUAUGAACUAAGUCAGUUGGGUUAUUUGGAAUGUUUUUGAGGUAUGAAGUUCUUAUAAUACUAAGUUUAAAUUGCUGAGUGUUUAAAAUAAGAAAAACAAAUUUUGGUUUAACUGUCUGGGCAACAACAAUAUAGACAUAAUGUAUGUAUAUUACAAUGUGGCUUAUUAACAGGCUAAUUGGUUUGGUUUGCAUUAUCAAACAUCACUAAGUAUUAAAUGUUGUUUUGAAAA